AUGACGCGUCUCGUUCUCCUGGCGGCGAUUGUGAUUCUUGCCCUCAUGGCAUCGCCCAGGCCAUCUCCUCAGUUUCCAGGAGCAUUCGCCACCACAGCCUCGACUUGCCAGAAGUGCAAGAGUCAACAGGCAAAGGGCAUUCUUCCAAGGCGUUCUAUGCUAUCCGGAUCGGCUAUGCUUGGGCUUGUUGUUCGGCCUGAAUCAGUGUCAGCUCAGGGUCAGGAGAUACUUCGCGUUAAACCAAAUUUGUUCGGCCCGCCAGCAAUCGAAGCAGUUGGCUGGCUCCUCGAAGCAACAACAUCAGUCUCGGGGCUUGCCGACACCCUGCAACAGAUUGCUCUUGUCGCUGCUUUCAGCCAGAUGAGCAGCGAUGUGCGAAAGCAAUGGGGAAAAGUUGCAGAUCUUCAGGAUAACUUGAGCGUGGCUAUGCAGAACUCGGAAAUGGAGUUGACGAGCAAGAUGAGGCUCGCAGGCCGAAAAGCACGUGCGGCUUUGAAAUUGGUGGCCGGAAGAGAGAUGAAGUCCAGUGUGUUCGAUACGUGGCCUGUCCUGCUCCGCACAUGGGAUGCAGAUGUCAAGGCAAGCAAGGAACUGGUCGACAGAUAUGUGCAAGAGCUCCUGGUCAUCAACUCUCAGCUGCGACAGGUGCAGAGCGACAUACCGCUGGUCCUUGGCGACAACGGCGCCAGUGAGAACAUAAGCUUUGUCCAAAAGAGCAUUGACAAACUUGAGACGCAGCGAAGGACAUUUGUAGGGCUUGCGGAAGAGGCUGACUUGGCAGAAUGGGAGUUGUCCCUGACCGAGCCAACAGAAUCGUCCGUCUUAGAGCCGCUGCUUAAGAACAUGGUGCUUCAAGUGGAUGCAGUGGGCAGACCUGCCGGAGAUCCUGGAGAAAGUAAGGAGCGUGCAUAUUUUCGUGAGGAUGUUGGUUCCUUUGAAUGCCUACACGGCGACUACCCGCUCUUGGGCACGGAUGGCUACUGCUACAAGUGCAGGAUCAACGAAGUCUGGUUGGGCUCCUAUCUGAUUGGAAGGAAUAAGAAGACAUGCUCCAACUGCAUCUAUACGGACUACAACUUCAGGUUUCUGACGUGGCUGGCGCCGGAGAGUCACGGCAACUGCCGCCUUUGCCGUACCUUCAUGGAGAAGUAUGUGCCUGUCGUGGCGCUGCUCUUGCUGCUGAGUCUGCUGCCGUACGUCUUUGAGCUGAUUUCCUUCCGGUACGAGCGCUACAAGGUGAAGUCCGAACAACACCGGAUCGUCUUGAAUCGGUACUUCGGCUACCUCAUGGCGACGCUCUAUGUUGCCGUGGUCAUCGGAUCCGUGUGGAACACCUUUGAGCUGAUCUUGAAGGAGCCGCCCAAGGCUCUCGGUUUGGUCCGCCGAGAAGUACCGCGAGUGGCGAUCUACUUCAUCACCUUUGUCCUGGCGCGCGUGGGGAUCAGUCUGCCUAUUCUGCUCUUCUAUCCCGGAUUGUUCAAGGGGCCGGUGCACUGCUACUUCGCGACCGACGCGUCCGAUGCUGCCAUG